UUGUCGAUUGAUGGAAUACUUUACUCCAUGCAUGCCACAAGAAGAAUAAGGACAAUUUACAAGUGGAUACAACAAAAUUACCAUUAUUGUUAUUUUAAACUUUUAAUAUCUCUUCGCGUAAAACGGGUUAUUUGUUGGGAGCUUCAAUUCACUAAAUCGCUUUCCAGCACCAGCUUGUCUUGAGAAGCUCACAGCCACCAUGGUGGUAGUGCAAAGCUACUGUGAGGCCAGCGCUUCCAUCUCCGAAGCCUGGCUGGAGGGCGGCAUCUCGCCCUGCUUCUACUUCACCCUGGUGCCCACCGUUCUGCUUACCCUCUCCUUCUUCUUCGGCGCCUUCCACUGCGUCUGCUACCGCCGCUACGGCACCGAGAUGGAGCCCAAGUUCGUGCCGCGCUCGCGCCUCUAUGGCCUCCAACUGGCAGUCUCCCUGCUCCUCCUGCUGCAGUUCCUAGGGGGGCUGGUGUGGAGGGCAGCCGGAGGAGGGGAGCUCCCCGGCUAUGUGGUGCUGUACGGAUGCCUGUCCAUGCUGGGCUGGGUCUGGGCAGUGGCCCUGCUAAGGCUGGAGAGGAGGAGGGUGCUGGUGAGGGACCGGACACAGGGCCACAGCAUGGUGUUGCUGCUCUUCUGGACUGUGGCAUUUUCAGCGGAGAACCUGGCCUUCGUCUCCUGGGCCAGCCCCUACUGGUGGUGGGGCCUGGAGAACACACAGAAGCAGGUGGAGUUUUCUCUGUGGUUGAUGCGCUACCUCGGCACAGGAACACUCUUCUUCCUGGGCCUGAAGGCUCCGGGGUUGCCACGGAGACCAUAUAUGCUCCUGAUCAACGAGGACGAACGUGACAUGGAGGGCGGCACUGGCCAGCCCCUGUUGAGUGGGGCGGAGGAGUCCCAGUCUACCUGGCAGGACUUUGGGCAGAAGGUGCGUCUGCUGGUGCCCUACAUGUGGCCCCGGGGCAAUAUUCUACUACAGGGCCUGGUGCUGCUCUGCCUGUGCCUGCUUGGUUUGGAGAGGGUCAUCAAUGUCUUUGUCCCCAUCUACUACAAGAACAUCGUGAAUGAGCUGACUGAUGGGAGCAGCUGGAAGACCUUGGUCACCACUGUGUGUGUCUAUGUCCUGCUCAAGAUCCUGCAAGGUGGAGGGGCAGGUGCGUCUGGUUUCAUCAGUAACCUGCGCUCCUUCUUGUGGAUCCGCGUGCAGCAGUACACCAACCGGGUGGUGCAGGUGCGUCUGUUCGGCCACUUACACUCACUGUCACUGCGCUGGCACCUGGGCCGACGCACCGGGGACGUCCUGCGCAGCAUCGACCGCGGCACCUCCUCCAUCAACACCCUGCUCAGCUACAUUGUAUUCAGCAUCUUCCCCACCAUCGCAGAUAUCGUCAUCUCCAUCAUCUACUUCAUCACCUACUUCAACGCCUGGUUCGGACUCAUCAUAUUCGUCUGUAUGUUCCUCUACCUCACCCUUACCAUCAUCAUCACGGAAUGGAGGACUAAGUACAGGCGAGACAUGAACACCCAGGACAACAACGCCAAGUCCAAGGCAGUGGACUCCCUGCUCAACUUUGAGACGGUGAAGUACUACAACGCAGAAAAUUAUGAAGUGAACCGCUUUGAGAACGCCAUCCUCAAGUAUCAGAUUUCAGAAUGGAAGACCCAAGCCUCUCUGGCCUUCCUGAACCAGACCCAGAACCUGAUUGUUGGCUCAGGCCUACUGGCAGGCUCACUGCUCUGUGCCUACUUUUUCCAGGAGGGCAAGUUUAAGCUUGGAGACUUUAUCCUCUUUGGCACCUACAUCAUCCAGCUCUACACCCCUCUCAACUGGUUUGGAACCUACUACAGAAUCAUCCAGAAGUCCUUCAUCGACAUGGAGAGCAUGUUUAAGCUCUUCACCGAGGAAGAGGAGGUGAAGGACGUGGUGAAUGCAGGGAACCUUCUCUAUAAACUGGGAAAAGUGGAGUUUGAGAAUGUGUACUUUAGCUAUACUGAUGGGAAGGAGAUUCUUAAGGACGUAUCAUUCACUGUGCAGCCAGGCCAUACUGUUGCAUUGGUUGGCCAGUCAGGGUGCGGUAAGAGCACCCUCCUUCGCCUGCUGUUCCGUUUCUAUGACGUCCAGGGGGGAUGCAUCCGCAUCGAUGGCCAGGACAUCUCUAAGGUGAAGCAGGUGUCUCUGCGUGCCCACAUCGGCGUGGUGCCCCAGGACACAGUCCUCUUCAACGACAACAUCCGCGACAACAUCCGCUACGGACGCAUCUCUGCCAGCGACCACGAAGUGGAGGCGGCGGCCAUCGCCGCAGACAUCCACAAGAAGAUCCAGACGUUCCCAGAAGGAUAUGACACCCAGGUGGGUGAGAGGGGUCUGAAGCUGAGCGGGGGGGAGAAGCAGAGGGUGGCUAUCGCCCGGACCAUCCUCAAGGCCCCUCAGAUCAUCCUGCUGGAUGAGGCCACAUCUGCUCUCGACACACAGACGGAGCGCAACAUUCAGGCGUCGCUCAUCAAAGUGUGCUCCAAUCGGACCACCAUCGUUGUGGCUCACAGGUUGUCGACCAUCAUCGGUGCCGACCAGAUUCUUGUUCUAAGUGACGGUCAGAUAGCAGAGCGAGGACGACAUGAUGAGCUGCUGGCUAAGGGAGGGUUGUACUGUGACAUGUGGAUGAAGCAGCAACAUGCCCAGGACUCAGACUCAGCCUCUGACACAGAAGCCAAAGACAAGAAGUCUGAGAAACUACAGCCCCCAUCAGUCACUGCAGGCCACAGGAGCCACUGAGGAUAGAGUGAGAGGUUCAAGGAUAUGUAGACAUUGUGAGGAGACGGACGAGGGACGCAGGGAGAGGAUUAGAUACCUCAAAAGGCUGUUUUGUCUGCAAUUUUUUAAGUUAUCUGUCCAUUGAGGUUAAUUCGGUUAUGAGUGAAGUUAAGCCCCACCCCAACCCUCUCUGCAUGUUACGGGCAAGUCUAGGGGCCAAAUGUCCGCUCCCCUUCCAAAAUGUGAAAGAUGCGAACACUUGCAAAAUCAUGAUUUCUCCAAAUGAUCAGUGGCAAAAAUCUGUGCACCUCGCUGUUGUCACAUCCCACAGUCUGUUGACAUACACUACGAUACCAGUUCUGUUACAUGCGUCUGUCCACGAGAGAUUAGUGCCUAAUGAACACGACCAGGACUCCGCAUAAUCCGUCCUCUUGAAGUGACAGCAAGUCCAAAGUAGACUAAUACCUACCCUUAAGCGCAGGUAUAGGCAGUUUGGCACAGUGUCUCACAAAACUUAGAAUUGUUGACUAAUGUUUAGGGGUAGAGAAAAGUAUUAGUUUUAUUUACAGCAUCUACAGGUUCAUUGUAAAUUAUAGAUCUAUAUAUUUUUUACUACACCCACUUUUUAGCUUAUGAGACGGAUCAUUUUUGUUAGCUACUAUACAAGCAAUAGACUUACAUUAUACUUAAUAGACAAAUGAAGCGAUUCAGACCGAUGUGAAUGGUUAACAAAAAAAUCUGUUUCACUCUAAUUGUUUUUUGUCUUAGUACAAAGGUAUGCGUACAAGAACUUCAAAAUCAAAUUUUGGUUAUUAGUAAAAACAGAUAUUUAGUCUGUAUUUGGUCCAUUUAGCAUCGAAACUGCAUCAGUUUUACUCCAAAUAGACUUGGGCAUUAUCAUGUACUGUACAGUCUAGGUGUUGACUGAUACAUACAAAAUUAGCUGGCUGUAACUUUUAUUUGUCACCAAUGGUGAUCAAUAAGAACUACUGGCAGUAUAUUAAAGAGAACAGAGUCGAUGGAAAAGGAAACCUUUAUCUAUGAAUGAACUCAGAAUUCUCAAACCUUUCUAUGCUGCUACCCGUUUUGCGUAAAGAACUACUGUUAGUGUAUCUUUAUUUUAAUGGAAGAAAUUAGUCUGUAUAUUUGAAUUUGUAAAUAUCUAUGCCUUGCAUUCCCAAUGCAGUGUGGAGUUUGGCAAUAUCUGUUGAUAAUCACACUCCAUUUACAGUAUGUAUUGUCAAAUUCUGUUUCAUUUAUUUUUUUAAAGGGCCAUAAGGGAAGAUCUAUCCAUUUAACUGAACUUGAGUUAUUUGAGAGAGAAUGGGGACUUCAUAUCUACGUGAAGUCCUUAGAGUUACGAGUUUGGGGUUGAAUUGGAAACUGUCUGCAUUACUCAAGGGAACGUGAAAAUGGACAUACUUACCAUCCAUAUAUUGCACAGCAGACUACAUCAUGAAAAGUUAUUUCAGACUGAAAUAAAUAGAUGAAUCCCAAAUGCAUUUGUGACUACAGAAGUAAUACCAAAGAGCUAGAGUGGUUUUGCUAGCAAAUCAUUGCUCUACCACUACAGCAGUCAAUCAUUUGUAGGUGUACAAAGUGUGCAAACUGGUGCAGUCAAAUAAUGUACACUAAUGCCCAUGAGUUUAAAUGUUCUGUGUCAAUGAGUGACAUUGACACCACAGGAGGUUGGUGGCGCCUUAAUUGGGGAUAACAGGCUUGUGAUAAUGGCUGGAGUGGAAUAGUAUCAAAUACAUCAAACUAUUGGAUUCCAUUUGUGCCAUUACAGAAAUGCAACAUUUUUGUUCUGAUAAUAACUGCUUUGACACAAUGUCAAACUCUUUUGUAUGUGAUUUGGGGGCAUAGUUUGUUUUGUAGUGUGGUGUUUGCCUUUGUCACACUUCCAAUGUGUGUGGCAUCAGGCUAUGCUUGGAUGUCAAAUACAUAAAUGGUUUGUUUUUUCUUUGUGUAUAUGUUAAUAAAUGGUAUAAUUAAAGAUAUAUUAUGACGAA